AUGCGCCCUCUGCACCCUUUAAGCCCUUCUGCGUCUCCUUCGCCGGAGCAAGGAACACCAGCAUCUCACUCUCUCGCCGAGCUUCUCUCCGCUCUGUCUCUGGCGGCAAUCCUCUCCGAAGCUUUAGCAGAGAACAACGAAGGGAAGAUUGCUGAGAUAGAAGCAUCACUAAAGUCCAUUGAAGAUGAAAAGUUUCAGCUUGAAGACAAAGUCGCCUCUUUGUCUAGUGAACUAUCGGUGGAGAGGGAUCGGCUGAUAAGAAUCAGUGCAGAUUUCGACAACUUCAGGAAGAGGACGGAGAGGGAAAGGCUAAACCUUGUUUCGAAUGCUCAGGGAGAGGUCGUGGAGAAUCUUUUGGCUGUUUUGGAUAAUUUCGAGAGAGCUAAAUCCCAAAUUAAGGUGGAGACUGAGGGAGAAGAGAAAGUCACCAACAGCUACCAGAGCAUAUACAAGCAGUUUGUAGAAAUUCUUGGCUCGCUUGGUGUUGUCACUGUGGAGACAGUGGGCAAGCUCUUUGAUCCGAUGGUAAGUUACUAA